GAAAUGUCCAGAACUUUAAUCGUUGACAAUGGUGUUGGAACGAUUAAAGUGGGUUAUGCGGAGGACGAUUCGCCGAGAAUAAUACCGAAUUGUAUAGUAAAAGCAAAGAACGAGCGAAAACGGGUUUAUAUCGCAGAUGAAAUUGAUGAAUGUAAAGAGCAUUCGAGUUUGUUCUUUUUGAUACCUGCCGAGAAGGGGUAUAUUGGUUAG